CACGGCAACGCUCUGACAUCUCUCGAUUACGUGGUCUGCAGCUCUGCGGAGCUGCAGACCAGAAGCCAUGGCCACCGGACCACCAGGUAGCCCACUGGACCACCAGGGAGGAAAAGGUAAACCCUCACCACCCCCCUUCAGCCCCCCCUCUCUCCUCCCCCCAUCACCCCUCUCACUCUCCCCAUCACCCCUCUCUCCUUUCCCCGUCACCCCUCUCUCCUUUCACGUGCCCCCUCUCUCCUUUCCCGUCCACCCCCCCCUCUCUUUCCCGUCACCCCCCCUCUAUCGCGCAAAUUACCCAGCUCUCUGCUCCCCGUCUUCCAGCUCUCUGCUUUCCGAAAUUACUAAAACCUAUCCUUUCCCGUCACCCCGCUCUCUCUUUCCCGUCACCCCGCUCUCUCCGCCACGUCACCCCAGCUCUCUCCUUUCCCGUCACCCCGCUCCUCUCCUUUCCCGUCACCCCGCUCUCUCCUUUCCCGUCACCCCGCUCUCUCCUUUCCCGUCCACCCCCCUCUCUCCUUUCCCGUCACCCCCCUCUCUCCUUUCCCGUCACCCCCCUCUCUCCUUUCCCGUCCCAUCCCUCUCUCGCACCCCGUCCCAUCCCCCCUCUCUCCUUUCCCGUCCAUCCCCCUCUCUCCUUUCCCGUCCCCUUCCUCUCUUUCCCGUCCAUCCCCCCUCUCUCACUUUCCCGUAUCCCCCCUCUCUCCCGCUUUCCCAUUCAUCCCCCUCUCUCCUUUCCCGAUACAUCCCUCUCUCUCCUUUCCCGUCCCAUCCCCCUCUCUCCUUUCCGUCCCAUCCCCACCUCUGUCCUUUCCGUCCAUCCCCCCUCUCUCCUUUCCCCGUCCAUCCCCCCUCUCUCGCUUUCCCGUCCCAUCCCCCUCUCACUUUCCGUCCAUCCCCCCUCUCUCCUUUCCCGUCCCAUCCCCCUCUCUCCUUUCACGCGAUCCCAUCCCCCCUCUCUCCUUUCCCGUCCAUCCCCCUCUCUCCUUUCCCGUCCAUCCCUGUCUCUUUCCCGUCCCAUCCCCCCUCUCUCCUUUCCCGUCCAUCCCACCUCUCUCCUUUCCCGUCCAAAAUACCCCUCUCUCCUUUCCCGUCCAUCCCCCCUCUCUCCUUUCCCGUCCCCAUCAUCCCCCCCCUCUCUCCUUUUCCCCAUCCCCAUCACCCCAGGGCAGUUUUUUCUUUUUUACUCCUUUAGGGAACAUAGGUGUAUAUUUUUAAUUAUGCUAUCAUGUUGAACCUACUAAAGCGCUAUACAAGUGUUUAAAGUGCCAAAACAGAACUACAUCAUUGCACUUUUGUUAUUUUAUAUGUACACAGCACUUAACUUUCAGAGGAUUAUAUGAAGGGGGCAUAUUGCUUGGCUAAAUCAGGAUUCGAUAGAGCUGUGCAUGUCUAAUCAGUUUUCUAUCCGUGGUUCAUUUGUGACUGCGACCUUGCAGAGUUUUCGAUAGUGAGGUGCCACUUCAACAUGAACCUGUUGUGAGGUAACUUGGUCGCCAGUUUUUACAUUAACUUUAAUCCGGAUCUUAAAGCCUGUCAUCAUAUGGUGUGUGGGUGUCUUUUCUCAUAGCUUUCUCUACAUGUGCUUUAUUUCUUGUCUCUAUAUACUUUAAGUAUUGGAUUGAACAUUUUAGAGUGGAAGCUGGCAGGAAUGUCUUCAAAUAUUGAUAAUUGAGCUCAGGCGUUAAUGACUCUGCCCAGCACCUGACCAUAUAAGGAGAUUGGGGGAAACUGCAUUUCUAUUGACUGGCAACUAAUUAGGGAGUUAUUCACUUUAUGAUUAACUCUGGACAGGCAUGUUAAGCUCUUUUAUUGUACUUUCUCGUGCAUUGUGUUUGUUGCACUGCGUUCUCUUGUUGGUGCUGGGACAGCUCUUUAACUUUAUGGGCAGUUUACUCCAGUGUACCUCAGAAUGACACAAUGUCAUUACUGCAGUUUACCUCUAAAAUUUUUCAGAGGUGAUAUGACUACAGCACAACUCAACAGUAACACGUUAUAUCACCAUGGCUUACCUCUGCAGUAUCAUAUGGUGACUUUUUUUUUAUUUUUACUUUAUCACUUCCCAGUAAGUCAAUGUCCCAUUACCAUAUGGUUCAAUUUUUAUCUAUAUCUCUCCCUUCUUAGUUAGCUGUGGCUGGCUGUCAGGGUCUUAGGUGUCCACUAGUUGUAAUUCCCCCUGGCUUCUACGCCUUAGGUUAGUGGUCCCGCAAGGCCAACACCCAUCCUAAUACUCGGAGGUACGAUGCCCCUCGUGCCAAUUUAGUUAGUCGCCUCGCAUUGUGGCAUAGAGGGAAUCACCUGUCACUCCCACUCUCUUAUGUUUAACUGUCACCGAGAGGCCGACACCCCACCACUACGUUCGGUGGCCACGUUAUCCCCUCGCGCCAAUGCAGAGCCUCUCACGCUGCUUGGCAUCUAGCAGGGCCUCACCUGUCACCAAACCUAGUUUUUAAUUGUUUCGCCUUUUUGGCAUUAAUAUGCCAGCACAUCACACACACUGUCAUGUAUACACUGCUUAUUCACUUCCUUUUCCUAGUGAGCCCCGUAGGCUUUACGCCAACAUGAAUUUGAUUACCUUUUUUUUCCGGGCAUACUCCAUACGACUCUGGACUCUGCACUCCAGUUAUGGUCGGCCCUACAGUACUUCCUUGUACACCCACACAUUUCGAUACACGUUCCUCGGGUAUGUCCUUUCUCUCACUCCCCUUCCCUUCCCUUUUACUUCUUCAUGGCUGGCUGUUAGGCUCCUAGGUUUCCACUAGCUGUAAUUCGAAGGCCUUAGGUUAGUGGUCCCGCAAGGCCAACACUCAUCCUUGUACUCGGAGGUACUACGCCCCUCGGGCCAAAUCAUAGUUAGUCGCUUCGCAUUGUGGCAUAGAGAGGGCCUCACCUGUCACUCCCACUCUCAUAUUUAACGGUCACUGAGAGGCCGACACACCGCCACAACGUUCAGUGGCCAUGUUAUCCCCUCGCGCCAACACAUAGAUGGAGCCUCUCACACUGCUUGGCAUCUAGCAGGGCCUCACCUGUCACCAAACCUAGUUUUAAUUGUUUUGCUUUUUUCGGGAAUUCGCUAGUUUGCCAGCUCACUAUGGGUCAUUCAUGCGUUAUUUAUUUUUUCUAGCAUGUCUCUGCUACCAGGCAGUGGCGUAAUACUUCUCUUACCCGGCUUACCCUGUACAGUUUCGGCUAACCCUACCUCCUCUUUCAUAUUCUGGUCUCUUCCUCACUUCGCUGUGGUUCUAAGGAGUCGAAUUAUUCCCUCCCAGCAGCCUUUCGGACAUCUGAACUGUGUCACUAUCUGCCUCCACGGAUACCGCAGUUGCUGGAGGGGACCUGAGUCGUUCUUACUUCUCCGUUGUUCGCCCCCUGUUUGUUUGUUUUCACUUCUAUCAUCCAUGGGGCGGUUCGAUUAGCAGUUUGGGGUCAGCCACUCGGGCCAAGUCCCAGCCGGACUUUCUGCGCCUUCUCAUACGUGCUCUCCUGUGGCCCUGCUGGGCAUUCCACGUAGAUCUGCCUCUCCCAUAGCCGCUACCAUUCCCUGUGUUUCCGUGUCUGACUGCGGACUUCCCCCCCUUAACUCCUGGUCGUCAUCUUUCACGUCUGUCUUUUUUCUACUCACACUCACGGUACAUGUGUUAGAACCUUUCUUCUCCUUUUUAGGCUCCUUUUCGUGUAUAUUGCUGCUGUCUGUUAUGUUGUCUGUGAUUGGGUUUUCGCUUCAUUUGCCACCUCUUAUUUGCAUUAUCCCAUAAUACUAUCAACUAUACCUAUCUGGUUUUCACAACUUCACAUGUUGUAAAAGUUUAUCAAUCAUACGCUGCUUCAUGUCCUCAUACUAGAUUACCUUGCACAAGGCGUUCAUGUUUCCAGACAAUAUUCAAUCUUAGAGAUUUCCAUCAGCAUCCAAUUAUUUCAAUCAUUAUCAGACCUAUUAGAUGCCUGUCCUUACGUACCAGGCACCAACCUAGUAGUUAAAGAUGGUCAACACAUUACAUAUACCCUUACUUCUCCUCGCAUAAUUAAGAGUGCUGGUUAAAGUUCCAGGCAUCUAUUUACUCUCUAACAUCCAACUAUUCUGGUCACCCCAUCUAGGAUAGAGUGGCAUCCACAGCUUCAAACUAGUUCAUAUUGGCCCAUAUAUUUAAUCUCUAGGUCAACGGAGGUUCUAAGCAUAUUCCCUAUACAUACCAUGUUCCGUACAAGAUUUUCGACAGGCAUUUUCCAUAUGGCUAUGCAGUUAAGUUUUCUUAUCAGUUGUUGAUUUGUUCUUCGUUCUGGCAUGUUUCUAUUUUUGUCCUCUUUUUUUUAUUACAGGCCUACCGCGAUGUCUGUUCCGGCACACCUCAACCGACUUAUCUCUCCCUAUACUAUGCUACUCUUCAUACGCUUCCUUUACGGCCUUAUUUGCCCCUCACACAAAUGCAAAGGCUUGGCCUGCAGUUGUGGGAGGUGCAUGUUACCCUACUUAAACCUCCCUACUCACCUUAUUCCGUCACAUGUGCUUUUAGCAAUUCACAUGUCCCCACCCUCCACUCCCUCUAUCUAUACUCAUUACACUUCAUGGGUGGGCCCUCUUUUAUUACAGGCCUACCGUGACGUCGGUUCCGGCACACCACAACCGACUCUCUCCCUGUACUAUGCUACUCUUUAUACACUUCCUUUACGGCCUUAUUUGCCCCUCACACAACUUUAGUAUAGACCAGGAACUUUCAGCCAUAUACAUGCACUUUGGGACAGUCUAUGGUUCUCCCACUACUGUGUAGUUAGUGAAGCACUCAAGCACUGUGUGUAUGUAUUUGUCGAAAUGAUCCUGCCCUGUACUAAAGUAGGGAUUCUUUUUUCAGAUUUUUAUUUUCCCUUCAAAACUUUGACAAGAUUUCAUUAAAAUGUUUUGAGGAGACACUUGUUCUCAGUGCCUGUAAUCCAGAAGUAAAUAUAUUACUUGUAAUCUAUGUAUGUCUAUUACACGUCAGAUGCCAUUAUUAAAUUUAGAUAUGCUUAAAUUAAGUGGUUCUUUUAAUCAACUAUUAAAGCUUAUUUACUGAUAUUUAAAGCCAUGAUGGACUAUAAUCACAGUAACUUCAACUGACUUAUGAAACUUUAAUAUUUGAUUAAAUCUCAUACUUCUAAAACAUUUGAAAUAAAUGCAUUUAUUUCCAUGCAGUGGAAUAUACUAGUGACUGUGUGAAUAUAUAUUUAAUUUUAUUUUUCAUUUUAGACAAAUGGCUGGGAAAAGUUCAGAGAUUGGAACUGGACAUUGAUUAUGCCAACAAGGUUAGUUAUUUUAAAUAAAGUUGCACAGGGUGCAAUACAUUGAUUUUUUGCUCAGUGUUGGCUUAAUAUUCCAUCAGCACCUAAGCUGGGCACAGUAAUUUUUUUCCAUCCAUAAAGUGGUUCACAGCGUCAGGAUGAGUAAUGAGUAACCUCCUUAAUGAGUAAGUAUGGACUACAUCCCAGCAAUGGCAAUCUGCGUAGUGGUAUAUUCUGUUACUCCCCCACGUGACUGAGAUUGUUAUGGUCAUAUUAACAUAACCUAUACGAACACACUGACCCAGCACAAGUUCCUUGUUUGCUGCACACUCAAUGAUAUGGGUUACAGCCUACCCAGUGGUUGUCUCAAGAAUGUUGGAAACUUUAAUUUAUAUUCUAGUUCUAUACCUUUAAAAGGAAUGGAAGCCACAAAAAACUUGUACAUGGUGUGCAGUAAAGAUGUGAUUACCUCCUUAUCUAUUGGAUCUUAACUAUAUCAUUGCAACAUCAUAAUAUCCAGAUGAAACAGAUUUAAGAGACAUAUUUUUUUUUUUUACUCGACUCCACCUAAGAAUAUUAUAAAAACGAUUGUGCAUGACAUAGAAAUUUAAUGAGCAUUGAACAUUAGGCUGAUAAUGCAAUGCAUGCACCCCUUUUUUAUUGUAGAAUGGAAAAUACCAAAAGUCAAAUGUAUGGUGUCUUUAAUACAGGAGUAUCUUGGAGAUGAGUCAUUCCAGGACAUUACAGACCUGUCUGACAAGCUGUAUAAACUCAAAUGUAAGUGCAUCCCAUGAGACGGAGCUACAGGUAAAGGCUGCCAAGUGACUCUUGGAGAUUAACACUUAGCCAGUUUGGCAUCUGCUGAAGUGAGAAAAAAUAAAUAAAAAUAAUCCCCACAAAGUAGACCUGCAGCUUAAUUGUAUAUAGAUUGCAUCAAAUAAAGUAUUGCCUUUCAUUUUGCCCAUAUUUUUAUUGUUGGAUGAAGAGGAAAACCUACUUUGAAGAGGCAACCGGUUUAAAUGAUUUUGAAUACAUGCAGAGGAAAGUACGUUUACAGAACAUGCUAGCUGCAUGGCAAUUACAUUAUCAAUUAAUCCCACAAACAAUAUUGGUGCUCCUUUUCCUCUAAUUUAGCCAACGUCUAUGCCCUGAACAACUAUUAAUAAGGGGUUCAUGCAUGGUUGGUUGCAUAAUCUGUGCUCUUUCACUACUAGAGCUAAUAGAUCAGAUUUAGAGAUUAACAACUGAACUCUUGCCUGUUGUGUAGAUUGAGGACAAGGUGAGAGCAGGUGGCCUCUGUUAAAUGUUUGCUACUGCCAUACAGUUCUAAUAACUUCUUGAGUUUGGUGAAAACAUGGAUACACAUGCAGGUGAGAUGCCAAAUAUAGCUCAUCUUUGGCAAUUUGCCUUUUUGAUGUCAUUCGUAUUCUUGAUCUUCAACUAACUUUAAUGUAUUCAGUCUACAUGCAAACAAGAACAAAGAUGCGCAGAUACUUAAUGGGAAGAUUUAAAGUGUUGGUUCUAAAAAGUGGUUCUUUUAACCCCUUAAGGACACAUGACAUGAUUCCCUUUUAUUCCAGAAAUUUGGUCCUUAAGGGGUUGAGUAAUCAGUGUACUUUGUGCUUGCUGGUUCCCCGGUUCUCAUGGUUAUUGUCCAACUUUUAAUACUAUAGAGCAUUUAUUUUAGUACAAUUUUGACUUUUGACCAAUUCCUCCCAAUAUUUCCAGGAAACCAUAAUUUUCAUGCAUGGGUGUUAAUGUAACGUGCUGCCUUUAUAGUAUGCCACAUUCAUAUACUAUAGGAAACAAAUCCAGUCUGCUCUCCUCUUAAUUUCAGUGUGCUGCAUUUUAAAAUUUAAGCAAAAGCUGUUCCCUGUCUGAUUUUAUUUUUCUUAUUUUAUUUUUUUUAGGUGCAUUCCUGCAAUAUGAUAUUAAUGGCAGUGGAGAAAUUGGUAUGUCUUGUAUCCCUUUCCAAUUUGCUUAUGUAGUUAAUGGUUCUCUUAAAAUGGUAUUUUGGUGUGUUGGCUAAGCUUUCAUUAAAGGGAUACUAUAGUCACCACUACAGCUUAAUAUAUUUGUUCUGGUGUAUACAUAAAAAAAGGCAUGCAGUAAACAUGGCAACUAGAGGUUCUUCCUGGUUCUGUGCUGCACUAGGUUUGUAAAGCUUGGCAGAAUCACAUUUGUUUACUGUCUUAGUGAUUUUAAGUGUUUUUGAUGUUCUAACUUGAAUUAGGCCGUGGUCUAAUAAGGCAUUUAGGUAUAAACAAUACAACUUGCUAUUUCAGCUCUUCUCAAUGUCAGAAAACUAUUUGGUUUUAAAUAGCUGUGAUAACACUUUCUUAAAUGUGAUUAGCAGUGUGUAUUAGGAUAAUUUCUGGCAUAAGGUCUGACAUUCCUCAAAUGCAUUGAUUCAAGGCAUCUCGAAGGAGAUGCUUAUUGGCACAGCAUUUUGCCGUGCAUGCGCAGUGGCCUUCCAAUUAGAUUAGUUGAGAUCGUCAAACUUGCUCUCAACCAAAGAGCCAUAUCAGGGGUGGGCAGUGGUGUAUUUAGGAUUUGGGCGGCCCUAGGCAGGACGGUGCUCGGGCACCCCCUCCCCAAUUUAAAUUAAAGACGCAUACACACAUUGACAGACACUCUCAUAUACAAUGACAUACAUACACACUGACGCAUGCACUCACUGACUAGCGCGCACGCAGUGGUGUAUCCUGGUUUUGUGCUGCUCUAGGCAGGACAAAACUCAGGCGCCACCCCCACCCAACCAUUCCCCCCGCCCCGCAUUCUAAAUACAUAAGCGCUUUCACUGACAGAAAUGCUCCCUCGCUCACACUUUUUUUUAAAUGUAACCCCCCCAGCCUCCUUACCUUUAGGAAUGCUGAGGGGGGGGCGUUCUCCCUCGGGCUGCUGGUUGGGCGGCGCUGGCGAGGGAGCACUUUCUCCUGAGCGCUCUGCUCAGCUCCCUCGUGCGCCGUAGAGUGACACCUGGAGCCAGAAUAUAAGGUCAUAUUCCGGCUCCCAGCAUCACUGUGCAGUGCGUGAGGAAGCUGAGCAGACAGCUCAGGGGAAAGGGCUCUAUCACCAGCAAAGACCGGCAGCCCGUCUAGCUUGUCAUUUAGCCGCAAGGCUAACAAGACAUUUGCCCUGGGCAUCUGGGGGCGGCUUUUUUUUUUUUUUCUGGAAAAUGCCGCCCAAGGCAAAUGCCUUGUUUGCCUCUCAGCUAAAACGUCCCUGCGUGCAAACACUUACUGGUGGGCGCGCUGGUGCACACUUUGACAGCCCCCCUCCCCAAACAUUAACCAAUUACUUUUAUUUAUUUGGUUUAAAUCUUGGGUCCUCAAACUCCGACCCCCCCAGAUGUUGCUGAACUACAACUCCAAUUAUUCUUUGAAUUACAUAGAUGGCCAGAAACGGGAAUACAUGAUUUAUGCCUCCUUUUUCCCCUCUAUUCUUAAAUUCUCACUUGAUUUGUGAAUAAAUAGUUGUCCCCUAACAAUCCUGAUUUUUACAAUUUGUUUCCAAUCAUCCUUUCGUUAAACUGAAGUAUUGCUUGAUAAUUGUAUUUAAUAAUCUGUAUCAUAGUAUAAAUGUAGAAAUUUUCUUAAUGCUACCUCUUACAUAUUCAAUAUGACUAAUUUAAUUAUGGUGGAAACACCAAAAGCAUUAUUGUUCCAAUUCUUUGAAAAGGAAACUGUCUAAUACAUUUAUUUUUGGGGUUUUGCCUGCAGAUUACAUUACCUUCCAUGUCAUGGCACAAGGGCUUGGUAUCUAUGGAUCUAUAUCAGAGUUGAAGAAACGGGUACAGGAGAUAACUGGUAAUAAAACAUGUUUAAUCACUUACAAAGACUGUGCAAUGGCCAUGUUGGGUCGUCGAUCUACUAUGUGCCAACGGUAAGCAUUCACAGAACUCUUCUUUCUUUAGCCCCCCACUUUCAUUUAUUAAUAUUUAUCUUUUCUUCAAUUUUGCUGGAUCCAGGUGAUGCUCCCUUUUCUCUUCUGUCCCUGAUUAUCAUUCUGGGUUUCUUUUGACAAAAUUAAUUUAGAAACUGAAAUGGAAUUUUGUCUAAGGCUUUCUGCCUAUUACCAGAGGUCACACUCCAUCUAAGAAAAUGCAGGCCCUGAAAAGUGAAUUUAAAGUGUGUGUGUGUGUGUGUGUGUGUGUGUGUGUGUGUGUGUGUGUGUGUUUGUUCAGAUGGGGCAAAUUAAAGGUGGAAGACUUCAAUGAUGUUUACUGUUCAUGUGAAAAGGCGUAAGGAACCCACAUGGCAUUUAUUACAAUUCUAAUUGCCUCCCUGGAUUGACUGGUUCAGGGAGAGGACAUGCAAAACCGCAUUUAUUUUGAUUGUCAUGCAGUAUAAAUGAGACUUUAAUUCUAAUUUUGAAUCCAUGUCUUUCAUUCACCAGGAUACUGACUUACAGUGAAAAAGGAGGAGAGUCUGUGAGAAGACCAUGUUUAUUGGACAGUAAAGCUCCCAGCUAUGUCAGUUACCUGGAAUUUGCUGUACAUCCUUCUCGUAACAUGCCAUUAUCUCCUGUUCAAUACUUUCCUCCACCUCCUCCACCAUCUCCUGCUGACAUGGAGGUAGUGUCAGUCACCAGGACCUUUUCUACAGCUCACCAUGCUUUUGGAAAACUGAAGCGUGGUCUUGAGUAGCAAUUUAGAUGUCUUGUCUUCACUUAAGAGGUUUUUUUUUUGUUUUUUGUUUUUUAAUUCCUUCCUAUUUAAAUAUAAAAUAAAUUUUGUAACCUUUGAUUCAACAUGUGUCUAAGCUGUCAAAUAAUGAAAGUUGUCUACUACAAGAGGGGCAGACUGGCAGUGAGGUUGUAGUGAUCAGGACAGUACUUCACGAAAGACUGAUGAAAGGACACAGCUCAGACACAGGAUCUCAAAAGGUUAGAAUAGACAUGAAGUGGACAGGGAAAUAUCAAAUAUAAAUUUGUUUUGCAUAAAUAAUGCUGAAUUCAUGGAUUCACUCCACCUGCUUUUUGCAAGCAAAUCUAAAGAAAUCCAAAGGCAGUUGAUGAGAAUCAUUGGUUAAACCUUUUCUUCCAUGGCAUUGGCCAAGGACAAGUUGCUGUAAUAAUGGCAUAAGAAUUUAGACUGAUUGGUCUUGAAAUUCUGCCUACACAAAUUGUGCACAUUUAGACCAAAUUUCCGUACAGAUAGUGUAUUUACAUUACUUGUUUCUGGAUUUAAUGUUUGGUUCAGCUGAAACUUGCUCUAAGUAAAUCGGUAUUGGAAAAUCUAGACAAUGAAACAUUGAAAGUCUGAAUUUUUCAGCGAAAUGUCCCAGACUUGCCAAUAUAGUGCAGGGCAACCACACAUUGGUGAAUUCUGUUGUUGGAGGUGCACUUAAGUUUUUGGCCUGUACGUUUACUCCCGUUUUUGCUUUUUUUUAAUCAUAAAACAAACUCUGCCUUUAGUUGGCUAUUUUUAGUAGAAAAAGAUCAGCUGAAGUAGGAAUCUAGUUAAUCGCAGUUAACUCAGUUUGAGCUGCAUAACAUGCUAAUUUAUUACUUUUAUACAUUAUUCACUUAAAGAACCACUAUAAUGCCAGGAGUACUCUUUUUCCUGGCACUACAGUGCCCUGAGGGUGCCCCCACCCCAGCUGGGCUGAAGGGGAGGAAGGGGUUAAACACUUACCUUUCUCCAGCCGCUGAGAACUGUCCUCCUCCUUCCGACUUAAUCAGCUGCAUACGCGGCAAGAGCCUAUGGAUGCUGGCAUCUUCUCACUGUGAAAAUCAGUGAGAAGCACGGAAGCGCCUCUAGCGGCUGUCAAUGAGACCGCCACUAAAGGCUGGAUUAACCAAUUUGUAAACAUAGUUUACAGCAGGCAGGGUUAAUCCUAGAUGGACCUGGCACCCAGACCAUUUCAUUAAGCUGAAGUGGUCUGGGUGCCUAUAGUGGUCCUUUAACUGAAACCAGGUCAUCCAGUUUGUAUUAUUUGUAGACCUCACAAUCCAUAGAAUAUACUUCAGAGCUUAUUCUGCACUUUCACAGACUUACAAAAGCAAUAUUUACAUUGAAUAUGGUCUUUCAAUUUUGUGCUUGGAUACAAGUAUUACUAACUAGC